GCUCCGACUGCGCCGCACCGCACAGCACCGCACCGCACCGCACGGCACAGCGCAGCCCCGGACGGACACUCGCUCACAACCCGCUCGCCGUCGCAGCAGCAGGACCGGAUCGGACCCGACCCGACCCGGCCCAAACCCGCCCGCUCUUGCCCGGUCCAGCCCGGUCCAGCCCCGUCAGGCAUGGCUAAGACGGCGAUGGCCUACAAGGAGAAGAUGAAGGAGCUGUCUGUGCUCUCCCUGAUCUGCUCGUGCUUCUACCCUGAGCCGCGCAACAUGAACCUCGGCACAUACGAUGACAUGGAAGUGAAACAGAUCAACAAGCGAGCCUCCGGCCAGGCCUUCGAGCUCAUCUUAAAGCCGCCCUCUCCGGUCUCGGAAGCGCCGCGGACUUUGGCUUCCCCGAAGAAGAAGGAUCUGUCCCUGGAGGAGAUCCAGAAGAAGCUGGAGGCUGCAGAGGAAAGGAGAAAGACGCAGGAGGCCCAGGUCCUCAAGCAGCUGGCGGGGAAGAGGGAGCACGAGAGGGAGGUGCUCCAGAAGGCUCUGGAGGAGAACAGCAACUUCAGCAAGAUGGCGGAGGAGAAGCUCAUCCUGAAAAUGGAGCAGAUCAAGGAGAACCGCGAAGCCAACCUCGCCGCCCUGAUCGAGCGCCUUCAGGAGAAGGAGAGGCACGCCGCCGAGGUCCGCCGGAACAAGGAGCUGCAGGUGGAGCUGUCGGGCUGAGAGCUCCCGGGCGGAGGUGGGGCGGAGGCCGGUUGUUGCGGGGGGGGGCUGUCUCUUCUCCCCUCACCCCCACCCCCGCCACCCCUACCCCCCUCCCCGCCGGGGCUGCCUCGGGUCCUGCCGCGGGAUGGCUCUCGGGGGUGGGAAACGUACGGCGCGGUUUCGAAACAGACGAGAACUCAUUAUAGAAAACAGAAACGCCAAUUAAAACGAUGCGGUCUCUUUGCAGAAUGGUUUGCUUGAUGUUUAAACAGAAACACACCCAAACACCUUGGAUCUUAUUUUGUAAAUACUUACAUUUUUGUUAAAAAAUACAAGUAUUGCAUUAUGCAAGUUAUUUCAUAACUGAUGUGUCCCGGCCCGGGCUUCGAUGUGCGCCCCUCUGCCCCCGCCCCGUCCCUCUCCGGGUCCGGCCCGCCGUCGCCCGCCCCGUCCCCGUGCCGCCGGCCAAAUGGCGAGGCCCUGGGGAAACGCCGGCCGGGGGCGGCCCGGCCACCCGGUGGGCUUUGAGAUCGAUGGAUGGGGGCGGUCCCCGUACACGUAGGUCUCCCCGGACACGGGGCCGAGGGCUCUCGGGACGACCGUGCCGCCUGAGGGCCGGCCGCCUUCCCCCGACCCGGCCCGCUUGCCCCUGUACCCGCCGCCGGCUCGCCGUGCCCCCCGACGCUCAGGGCGGCUACAGGUCCUCGAGCCUGGGAGAAGCCGAGCGCUGACCCGGAGACCCUGCCGGACGCCCGGCUGACCUCUCGGGCCCCACCUGGCCACGAGCCACUCUCCCGCGCGGGGCCGGCCGUCCGGGCGGAGAGGUUCCCCCUGCGUGCCGGGGGCCCACGUGGCCAUCUGCCUGGUCCCCCCUACACUCGGCCCCAUUCCGCCCAUUCGCUCCUCCCCGGGGCCCGGAGCCGGCACAGGCCGACCUGCCCUCGGCGGGCCGGCCGGUGUGGGGCUCCCCGCUCCCGAGGCCGGGGCCGACUCCCCGAGACCCCCCCACCUCCCGCUCCCAAAAGCCGUCGCAGUUUCAAACCCGCCUCCUGUCCCCCGCCUCCUGCUUCCCGGCGGUUGCUGCCUGCAUUCUCGACUCCCCGUGCGUGCGAUCUCCCUGUCUGUCAUUGUGAGCAAGCUGUGGUCAAUAAAGAAUUGGGGUUCUGUGAACUGA